UGCUUUUUGAGUAAAUCUGUCGACAUGUUGAAAGGGAACCCCUCGUUAACGAGUGUCAAAUGAGCCUCGCGUCGCAUGGUGCAGCACAUAUCUCACUGCGACUAAACCUUCUCCAGCUCGUUAUAUGGAGUACUGUCGAUGCAAACAGUUGAGUUAAACGGACAUGAGAUCGAAUAAUGUGUUUCUUUCAAUAGAAUGGUUACGGUUCGAGCUUGUGUACAUGGUCCACCCGAGUACUCAGCAAACUCGAUCAAGGCGAAGCCAAAAGUUCACUUAACCAGCACAAGAUCUUUCGAACGCCGGUCCAUGACUGGACAAGUACUGUGCACCAUCGUUACUUUUGUAAAACUGGUCAUGUUCGCAUGGAACCAGCGUGUGCCAUGGAUUUCCAACCAAGUCUUUUCCGACGGCGGCCCAUCAAGACAACUGGCGCAUCAUCUGUAGCCGUUCACGUCAAUCGCAGGAUAACUGUGGUUUUCUGACGCCCAUCAACCUCCAGAAAUCCCUCAGUAAUGGCAGUUGGAAGUCACUGAGGCUUCCCAAUGACAUAUCAACUUGAUCUAUGACAUACAACUACACCAAUGUCAUUCCUCAGGCACGACAUGGGUAUGCUGGAUGUGUCUUGCUCAACCAGCUGACCUCUCGAUGCAACGCUAAUAUACGCUGACCAUACUUCCUGACCGACAACCGUGAUGGUUCAUUGUUAUGACACCGUCUGUUGUAAGCACGAGGAGACCUACGUCGGAGGUCAUCACAAGACUUCACAACGAUGUGUUUCUGCGUCUAUACGAUUUGAACAUGAUGCGUCAAGCGGGAACGCCGUCAACCAGAACGUCGCUGGCUGCACGAUGUUUGACUUCUGCACCCCACAAUCUCCCUUUUUACCUUCUCUUCCCUUCAAAGCCCGAUUGAUUCAGCCACUCAUCCUCGCUCAGCAUGGACUCCCGUUGUUUUAAUAAAAAGGACCGGCUCAAACUGCCCCGCCAACCCCCAUAUCUCGAUACUUUUGGAACAGCAUUACGAAUAUGAAAUCAACUAUCGCCUCGCUCUUGCUGCUCGCCAUCAUCGGCGCCGCUUCUGCCCAGUUUGAUGCCGUUCCGGAAUGCGCAAGAGCAUGUGUGGAACGUGCAAUUACCGCCUCCGGAUGCGCCAUUACUGAGAUCAAUUGCAUGUGUACCUCGGCGCCAUUCAUAAACACCAUGGUGCAAUGCGUUCAAACUACUUGUGGAGGUAGAGAGCAGAUGGCUACGUUUGCGAACCAGCUCUGCACAGCCUGUGGAUCCCCCGCGUGCCUCGGUGCAUCCGCCGUGCCCAACAUCACCCAAGCUUGACGACUCCUUCAGCUCUUCUGUCUCGAUCCUGGCUAGUCACUACAUCUAGGACAACAGACAUUUCGGUCCAACUUGGUGACUCGUUCUUUGGAUUCAUGACUGAUGAAUGGUCGUAUGUCGGUUAGGGGGUUGGUUAGGGGAGUGGAUAUUAUGUCUUAGUCUGCCGAUAGGGUUAUGAGCUGAGUCGGCAAGUGUAUAUCUCUAGUUACAGUUAGUGCUUCCUGUCCGCUAUGUCGGUAGCAGAAUUACUUCAAAUAUUCAAGUCCAUUGUACAGUA